AUGCCGCGUCCGCGCCGGCCGCCUGGUGCUGGCUCGGCGCUCACCACCCUCGCCCUCCUGCUCCUCGCCGGACUUGUGGCCGCUCAGCAGCAGCAACCACAACAACCACAACACCAACAACCACUACCACUGCCUCCUCCACGCCUCGGACAUCACAUCCCCAGCGGAGCCCCUCGCCCCGCUCUCCAUGUAGAACACGCUCCCAUCAUCAACCCCAAGCCCAACCACAAACACGCAAAUCCCGUCCACAAGGACGCGGUAGUUGAUGCUCCGCGUCGGAGACCUCACUCAUCCCUUCACAGCCAGAAUGUGCGCGCCCUAGCAACCAGAGUUCCUUCUGCUCCAGCCAUCAGUGCUGUCAGAGCCGAUCCCGCCAGAUAUGCAGCCUCGGGGGGCCUUGUCCCCGGUGCGCGCUCUCUGCAGGAUUGGGAAGUUGAGGACUUUGUUCUCUUGGCGACCGUCGACGGCCACAUACACGCACGCGACCGAUACAAUGGCGAGGAGAUCUGGGAGUUGAGCGGGAGGCCCAUGUUGGAAACCAUCUACAACUCAUCGGGCGGCAGUGUCGACCCUCAGGACCAGCCUUUUGUGUGGAUCGUGGAGCCGCGAGAAGAUGGAGCCCUUUACCUCCUCUCCCCAGGGCCCUAUCCCCAUCUCCAACACCUGGGCGUCACGGUCAAGCAAUUGGCCGAAAACGCACCUUAUUCGAGCGAUGAUCCGGAACUUCCGGUCGUGUAUAACGUCGAGAAGAAGACAUUUAUGCUGCUUGUAGAUGCAGCCUCUGGUAUAGUCAAGCAGAGCUUCAGUCCUGGCGGAACCUUUCCCCACGACGACAGUUGUGCCCCAGAAUCGAGAAACUACUUUAGCGCGCGAGAACGUGACUGCCGCGGGGUCAUCGACAUUGGUCAGACGCAGUACACCAUCACCAUCCACAACAAAAAGACCAACGAGCACAUUUGCACGCUCAAAUACGCAGAGUGGAAUCCCAACAGUCGUGACAGAGAUUUGCAGUCACAGUACGACCAGACGUUGGACAAGCAGUAUAUCUAUACCACAUACAACGGCGAAGUCAUUGCCUUUGACUACAAGCGUCCAAGAUCACACCAGCGCCCUCUAUACAGACAGCGUCUGCCCUUUCCAGUUGCACGCGUCUUUGAUGUUGCCCGUCCUUCAAACGACCAAUCCUCUGACCCACCUUUGGUCCUUCUUCCCCAGCCUGCGGGGCCUGUAUUUUCAGAGGACAAGGCCAAUCACGUCCUCCUCAACACAACCGACUCGGGAGCGUGGUAUGCACUGUCAGAAGUCAACUACCCUGCCGUGACAGAUGGUGCUCCAGACGCAAGCUGCUACAAGCAGAAUCAGGCUGCAUACGAUUGGGAUGCGGCAUACGCCUUGCCAGACAAGAAGAGCCUCAUUGGUGUCCACAGGCUCGACUACAAGGUUCCUGACUUGCCAACUCAGCUGCUGGGUAUUCCUGCACCAACUUUCUACGACUCUGUGAAUGAUCAGGUCAUCUCCAACCCACCAGAAACUUCCCCAAGAGAGCAUCACCAGCCACCAAGCAUUGAUGCACCACCGCAGGCUGAAGUCGUCGCGCGCUCAGUCAAUGUCUACAUAUACAUUGUACUUGCAAUCUGCCUAUUUGGCGGUGUUGGGGCUUCUAUCAAGCCUACAAUGGUUGAGUCCUGCCUGAGUUACCUCAAGCAGAUAGUUCAUGCAGGCAACAACACCAAACAGCCUCUUCCGCCAUUUCACGCUUCCCCAGAGCCUGAGGUCAAGCUGGGCCAAGAAAAGCUUUUGGUUGUUCCACAUGCAGAUGAUCCUGUUCCAGAGAAGCCAGUUGUUGAGGCCGCUGAGAAAGACCCAAACGAGCUACCUGCAUCGGAGGAGCUCAAGGAGAAGAAGGUCACCUUUGCCGUACCAAGUGAUGAAGAGGAAGAUCUUGCACCCCUCUCCAGGACUACGACUGUUGAACAAGCCUCUCCAACCUCGGACGAAGCUGCUUCGCCAGAGGUGAAGCUCAAUGGCGAUGCCGAAGCAAUGGCGAACAGCACCGAAGACGUCUCACAAGACCCCACGGCUGCACCGGCUACACCGAAGAAGAAGAAGACACACCGGGGUAGAAGGGGCGGCCGUAAGCUGAGUAAGAAUCAGCAAAAGGAGGAAGAUGAGGUCAACCGGAUUGUGAACGCAGCCAAACAGCUCGAAGUCGGCCCUCGCCUGCACCCAGACGAACUCACCGUGAGCGGGGGUGACGUGCAAAACAUCUCUGAGAUCAAACGCAUCGGCAAGCUUACCAUUGACCAAGAUCGACUAUUGGGCAAUGGAAGUGGUGGCACAUUCGUCUUUGAAGGAAAAUGGAAGGAAGUCAAGGUCGCCGUCAAGCGCAUGUUGCCUCAAUACUUUGGGCUUGCAGAACAAGAGGUCAAGCUUCUACAGAACAGCGACCCCCACCCGAACGUCAUCCGCUACUUUGAUGAUGAACGCGAUGAAAACUUUCUCUACAUCGCCGUCGAACUCUGCCAGGCUAGUCUCUUCGAUCUGUACAAGGAUGGGCGGCCUGGGGAGGAGCUCAGCGAGGAACAUCAGCGUCUGGUCAACAAGAUUAGUAAGAAGGCUUCGUCCUGCCUGUACCAGCUCGCUGCCGGAUUGAACCACCUGCACCAUCUCCGCAUCAUUCAUCGCGACAUCAAGCCUCAAAACAUUCUCGUUGCACAGCCUCUGAUCACCUCCAAGGAUGACGUGCGGCUGGUGAUUUCUGACUUUGGGCUCUGUAAGACUCUGCCCGACAACGUUAGUACUCUUGUCGGUACAACUGGCAACGCAGGUACUGUCGGCUGGAAAGCACCUGAGCUCAUUUCGCAGCCCAAGGAGCUGGUCAAUGGAAGUUCUCAGGGCUUUUCCCGCGACUCAUCUAGCUCGACGGAUCCAGUCGCACAGGGCGUGAAGCGGGCUGUGGACAUCUUCUCUCUGGGCUGUGUCUUCUACUACGUACUUACCGGUGGCUGCCACCCAUUUGAUGACGAAGAAGGCUGGAUGCAGAUCCGCGAGUACAACAUCAAGAAGGAAAAGUCCAACCUCGACCGUCUGCUUCUUGGUGCCGACUCUGUGGAGCCACAUCACCUCAUCCAAUGGAUGCUUCGGCCACGUCCUGAAUCCCGUCCAACUGCUCUCCAGGUCAUGAACCAUCCCUUCUUCUGGGACGAUCAGAAGCGACUUGACUUCCUGUGUGACUGUUCUGAUCAUUGGGAGCGAGAACCUCGUGACCCUCCGUCGGAGCACCUCUUGCAGCUUGAAGAAUACGCUCAGGAUGUCCUUGACCAUCGUCGCAACUUCCUAGCCAAGCUGGAUCCAGGCUUUGUCAAUUCGCUGGGUAAGCAACGCAAGUACACAGGCGAUCGUAUGCUCGACUUGUUGCGAGCGUUGCGUAACAAGAAGAACCACUACGAGGAUAUGGAAGAUUCGAUCAAGGCCAAGGUUGGGCCGCUGCCGAGUGGAUAUCUGAAAUACUGGACCGUCAAGUUCCCCCAGUUGCUCAUGAGCUGCUAUGAAGCGGUGUUGGCGUGUGAUUUGGAGAAUGAGCCUCGAUUCAAGAAGUAUUUUGAGGGUGCCAAGUAG